GCUUCACAGGUCAAGAGUCGAUUGGAAAAGGUCUGCAAGUUGGUGUUUGGAAAAUGGGAAAUAAACCUACUGCCUCUAAGAAAGUGAAGGCGGCGGAGAAAAAACCAGAGCUGCUCCCUAAUACUUGGAGGAAUGUUGUGUGGGACAUUAGGACAAAAAACAAUCUCAAGCAAUCUCUGCAAAAUUACGCACCCACUAUUGAUUCAGUGCCUCAGGCUCGGAUUCUGCUAGUUGGUCCAGUUGGUGCUGGAAAAUCAAGCUUCUUCAACUCCAUCAACUCUAUCUUCCGUGACAACAUAAUAAGUGAAGCUGAAACAGGAUACAAGGGCACCAGCCUGACCUUGAAGUAUCGCACUUUCCCAGUGAAAGCAGGUCAAGACGGACCACCUCUCUCAUUCCUCCUGUGUGACACCAUGGGAGUCGAAGAUAUUGAAUACAGAGGGGUGAACACUGAAGAUAUUUACAGCAUCCUGAAGGGCCACAUACCAGACAAUUACACUUUUAACCCUGUAUCACCAUGGCAACCUGCUGACAGUCAGACGAAGUACCAAUUAUCACUUGCGGACAGGAUACACUGUGUGGUGUUUGUGAUGGACACCAAGAAAUUAAAUGCUAUGCAGUCAGAAACAUGGUUGAAACUUCGUAAAAUCCAGCAAAAGCUUGACUCAUAUGAGGUCCCUCUACUGGUGCUACUGACCCAAGUGGACAAAGCGUGUCCACAUGUGGAAAAGAACAUAACAAAUGUGUACCGCAGCUGCUACAUAAAGGAUCUGAUCUACAAAGUAAGUGACUGUGUGGGCAUCCCAGUAUCACAAGUGUUUCCAGUGAAAAAUUACUCCCAUGAGAUUGCACUGGACACGUGCUGUGACAUCCUGCUUCUCACUGCAAUGCAGCAGAUGCUGAACUUUGCUGACAAUUACUUUGACAAUUUUAAUAAUGGCACAGAGUAGAGAUGUUCCAGAAACAUUUGGGUGAAAGUGCUAUCACCUCACAGUGAUGGUGUCGAGAGCCAGUGUGCAUGUUUUUUGUGUCCAACACCACGUGUUAGAUUCCUACUCGUUGCAUACUUGCAGAAAUCUAUUUCCUUACCACAACUAGGAUUGAAUAUUGUCUUUUUACUUGGGGAUCAAUGAUGUGUACAUUAAAACAAAGAUAUAAUCAACUGUACAGUGUAACCAUACACUGGAUCAAAAACUAAGCUAAUAAAAAUGAUCAGGUGAUUCCAGCAUGGGACAGUGUCUGUCUCAGUCUUAACCACAGUUGGAGUUUAGCUUGCUAGUUUAAAUGUACUUUUGCCCAUCUAC